CAACACGAGGUGGGGGGGGGGCAUCCAGCAUCAUCACCAGCCAUGCUCCAUCCACUGCUCAGUGUCACCAAUCAACACGGUCCUGGAACGAACGCCUGCUCACGAACUGUUAGAAUCGCUCCAUCUCCGUGGGCGACGACUAAUUGACUAAUUGAGCACACGCGUGGAACCUAACAAUCCCAAAUUGUCCCCGCCUCGUCGUUUCCAUGGUUACCAAGCGUCUUUUCCUUACCACUGCUGGUGUUGUUGCUGCCAGUUUUAACUCCGUAACAGCGGCAAUAAUCGAUUCCUUAUUACCUGUUGUGUAAUUUCUCUACUCGCGUGGUGCCAUGGAGGACAUAGACAUCGGGGACAUGAGGAAAUCGACUGCGAGAGCAGGCAGGCGAGCACGACGCCCAGAAGCACAGGAGGCCACAGACGCCAUUCCCCCACCCAGCGACCGCGGUUCUGCUUCAGCCAGCAGCCAGGAGGAUGAAAACGAAGAGUCUCCUGGACCCCCACCAAAGCCAUCGCGACGCCAUGGAGGGUGGGCCCAGGACUCGGCAGGGUCGGCCAGGUCGGGAAAAAUACGGAGUGCUGGAUCGGUGGAUGUGGAGGACACCAGAUUGCAGCAGGCCAGCCCAGAGCCAUCUGAAGACGGAGCAGACAUCCCCGUUAUACCCGACCUGGACGAUAUGCAAGAAGAUGACCUGACCGCCCAGGUGGCUGCCCCACCCAGCAUGCAGGUGAACCGUGUAAUGACUUUCAAGGAUCUUGACUCGGAUCUCAUGACGCACGCUGCUUUCCAGACACUGGAUGGGGACAUUGACCUGAAAUUGCUCACCCGAGUCUUGGCCCCAGAGCCUGAAAUCAGAGAGGACGACGGGCCCUGGGACUGGGCCCUGCUCUACACCGAGGUGUCGUCGGAGCUCACAAGCGAAUGGGAGGGUGCCGGCGCCACCCCCAAUGUCCCCGAGAAGCCCAGCUCCAGGCUGCCUUCCGUGUCCGCUCGCGCCAAACACAUCUCUCUUCCCGCGCACACCUGACCAGCACAGGCGCUGUGUCAUAUAAAGCCUCGCUUUUUUUAAGUAAACAGGUGUCCGAUUAGUGAUUGCCUAAACCUUUAGAAGUGAGGAUGUAAUCCCUAUCUUUUGUGUUUUUCAAAUUCGAAUGAGUUCAUAAUUGUCGAGUCAUAUGCAAAGAUUUUCUGUGUCGCCUGCAUGGAAAGUUCGGCGGGGAUAGGUUCACGGCCCUAUUUUCUGUGCUGCCAUCUGCAGGCCACGUCACAUUCCAGUGGGUUUAGAUAUAUCACAAAGCUACAUGAGACAUCAUUUAUUUAAUUUACUGGAUUUCAGACGUGCACCACAAUACUCGGCUUGAUGUAUUUCAGUAUAAUCUCACCGAUUAUUGGUACCCAAGAUCCAGUGUUGUAAACUCUACGUUAUUAUGGCAGAGACCGGUUUCUGUAUCUGACAUCUGCUGUCGACUUCACACAAAUUGGUACCCAGAAUUUGAACUGAAAACUGUCUUAUCUUGAGCUAAGCACUGACAAGUAUUACCUUGCUAUGGUUAUAUUAUUUUUUAAUUACUAUUUACAAAUGUGGUCGGUUGACUCAGUUGGCUGUUCUCCUAAGCAUGAAGGGUUGCACUGGUCUCCGAGAGAUUCGCACGGACGUGUCAUCUCAUGACACACGAAACCGAUAGAAUAAAAUUUGUGAAUUUUUUUUCAAACAAACUUGCUACUUUUAGGGUAGGAUACAAUUCGUCUGUUGGCAAAAGGCCUUUAAAAGCUGGCCAAUUGCUGCGUUUGGCAAAGCCAUUGGUGAAAGAACAAUCCUCCAAAACUUCAAUGACCCUCUGACAGCUUGUGAUUCACAGCCAUGAUGUUGACUUAACCUCGGAAUAUAACAGCACAAGACAUUGUGGGCUCCGUCGCAUGAUCUACGUGCAUUAGCUGCUGCUGUCCUAUUAACAGAAGCUGCUGACACCAUCAUUUCCACUUUGGCUUGUUUAAGAUGACGUUUCUUAACAGUUUUUUAAUGAAAGUAAUUGAAAAUGAUAGCGCUUGUUAUCAAUAUUAUUACUUCACUUGCAAUAUGUAAUCAUAUUACCUGUGCUCAUUUUGUCGUAGCGUCGUAUUUUUUAUGGUAACUUUCAUCUAUGAAGCACCAACAUUUUUUUUUCAAGAAAAAAAUUAUGUCAGCAUAUUCCUCUUAUUUCUGAGGUUAAAUCAGCCUAACAUGUUAAUUGGAGCAAAAUAAUCAUAAUCGCCUGAUAAAGACGUAUGUGACUUUCUAAACCAACAAAUAUGGGUUUGCAUUACAUUACUUAUAAAAUAUAAUUGGAGACGACUUUAAAGAGUUGCUCUUCCAACAAUGA